AUGCCGAACUACUCCAGCAUUACUGAUGGGAACGCAAAUUCGAUUGCGUCUGGAAGCUCCGACGAAAUGUCACGACAACGUCGAAGAAACGGAAAGGAAGGGGGAGGGCAAGCCUCGAUGACCAGUAGUGUCAUCAACCUGCUCAAUACCAUUGUCGGCGCUGGAACGUUGGCGAUGCCCUCGGUGGUAUCGCACAUGGGCUGCAUGCUCGGCGUGCUGAUGAUUAUCUGGUCCGGCAUGACGGCCGCCUUCGGCCUCUAUCUGCAGUCACGCUGCGCCCGUUACCUCGAUCGCGGGACCUCGUCCUUCUUCGCCAUCUCCAAAAUCACCUACCCGAACGCCGCCAUUAUUUUCGACACUGCCAUUGCGAUUAAGUGCUUCGGUGUCGGCGUAUCCUACAUGAUUAUCAUUGGCGACCUCAUGCCCAAGGUCUUUGUUGGCCUUUUCAGCGGUGCCGUGGCUACGUACCCUUACUUGGGCGAUCGCAACUUCUGGAUCACCGCCUUCAUGCUGGUCAUCAUUCCCCUGAGCUUCCUCAAGAAGCUGGACUCGCUCAAGUACACCAGCAUUGUCGCUCUGGUCUCUAUUGGAUACCUCGUUAUUCUCGUCAUUUACCACUUCGCUACCGACCGGCUCAAAGACAUGAGCGAAAUCAGGGUCAUUGAACCUGAGAGCGCUGUAGCCUUCCUCAGCACGUUACCCGUGGUCGUUUUCGCGUACACGUGCCACCAGAACAUGUUCGCCAUCUUGAACGAAAUCAAGGACAACAGUCCCAGCAGUGUUAUUGGCGUUGUGGGCUCUAGCAUUGGUGGCGCCGCUUCUAUUUACAUCGUCGUUGCCAUCACUGGCUACCUCACAUUCGGCAACAAGGUUGUGGGCAAUAUUGUCAUGAUGUGUAAGUGGAUUUCCAGCUUUGUGUUGAGCUUUCCUGACCCUCAUCUAGACUCCGCGACCGCCGCAUCCUACAUCGGCCAGUUGGCCAUUGUCGUGCUUGUCACUUUCUCCGUCCCGUUGCAAGUCCACCCCUGCCGAGCAUCCGUCGAUGCGAUUCUCAAGUGGCGCCCGAACCGCAGCUCAAGCGGCAACGGCCGGCCCAGCUCCCCUGGCGGUCGCCCACUUCUACCCUCGUCGGCAUCUGUCCACUCCGAUCACGGAUCCAGCUCUUCUAUGGGCGAAACUCGAUUCGCGAUCCUGACCUCUAUCAUCCUUAUCCUUUCUUAUGUCACUGCUCUUUCGGUCCACAGCCUCGAGAGAGUUCUUGCCUACGUCGGCAGCACCGGCUCAACCAGCAUCAGCUUCAUUCUUCCAGGCCUUUUCUACUACAAGAUCAGCGACCCCGACAGCAUGCACCAGCAACGUCUCCACAAGGAGGACGACGAUGCCGACUAUCCCUCGGAUGAGGAGGACGCGGACCCGAUGGUCACCAGCAUUGCCAGUCUUGGCAGCGUCGCCAGUGUCGUCGCCAACCCACGUCAAUGGAACCGCAAGUGGCGAUGGGACCUGGAGCACAUUGAACAAGACGCUCUGCGCAAGAUGGCUCUGGCGCUCGCCAUAUACGGUGUGUGUGUCAUGGUCGUUUGCCUUUUUAUGAAUAUCGUGUUCCACGCAUCGCACUGA